UCAAAUAACUACAGUAAAAAUUUCAAACACAUUUUAUUAUUAACAGUUACUAGAUUUUCUCGAUACAGUAUUUUUAUUAACCUAAAAGCCUAAAGGUUAAUUAAAAACUGAUUGCUAAAACGUUGAUGUGUUAGAGGUAAAGAUCAGACUUAGAAGUAUAAUUUGUAUCAAAUUAUCCCCGGAGUCUUUGAUUGUGCUGGGCUUGAACUUCAGUCUUGAGGAUCUUCGGGGCAGUAGCAAACUGCUGUCAGCUUUGUAGAGACAAACAGAUACUGUGGAUUUGAGAUGGACUCUUCGGCUGAGCAUCGAAUCUUGGAGGAUGAAUUGGUUCUCAUGGAAUCUGUGUAUCCCGCUGAAUUUGAAUUUUUGUGGUCUUCCAAUGUGGACGAUCCCGUCAGAUUCCAUGCAUUUACCAUGGACAUACAUCCAAGCACUGCUGGUGAUACUUCGUUGCAAAACAUAUCUGUGACGCUUCGGCUACUUCUUCCUGCUCAUUAUCCAGUCGAGUGUCCUGAAAUUAGCUUCCAUCGCCCAAGAGGAUUGUCCGAGCUUCAGCUCGUCGCAUUAUCGCAGCAUCUUGAGGCAGAAGCCAGCAAAAGAAUUGGUGCGCCUAUGAUCUAUGACCUGGUGGACAUCGUGAAGGAUUACUUAACGCAGACCAAUUUCCCGACUGUAGAAUGUCCGUUCUGCUUGUGUGAUAUUACGGAAGACGAUAAAUUUUAUAAAACUCCUUGUUUUCACUAUUAUCACACUUAUUGUUUAAACGGAUACCUGAAAUUUUUGCGGACAGAAAACAAUAUGGAAUGUCUGAAAAAUUGUAUAGUUUGUCGAGAACCGCUGCCGAAUGUUCUUGGUUGCGAGAGUAAGGAGAAGCCGUGCGUGCCCCGAAGCUUGCAAAACUCCCCGGAAAAAUGUGCCUUGUCGGAGAAACUUAUCAAAGACCGGUUGUGGCGUGAGGAGUUGUUUACAAAACAGCAAAAUCAGAAGGGGAUAAUUGUUCCCGAUAAGGAUGCUGAUUUUGUUAUCACCUUGCAGCAUACACCGGAAGUACUGCGGAUGAUCCAGGAAUCCAGUCAAGGCGAGCCUAGUGAAAGUUCCGGUAGUAUUUUCAGUGAUUUAAAAAUUUCGAUCUGAAUUUAUGUCUGGCAAUUUUCUGAAGAUCGGAUUCAAUUUACCAGAUUACAUGCUCUUCCGCGUCAGCGCGUGAACGUGCAAAAAUUCUUUUAUUGACAGACAAACUGCAGUACGUGUAUGCUUUAGUUUGAAUUAGUAUAAAUGGAAAGAAUAGUGUGUCGCUGACUCGCUGCCUGCAGAAUUUAAAAGGCAUCUGAUUUUCUUGAAUGGUAAGAAUUUUUAAUCGCCGAAUUAUUUUUCCACAGAGAUAGAGAUUAUGCUUAAUUAUUUUUGUACAGAGACUUCUGCAUUUGUGAUUCAGAAGCAGACUAGCAGAGAAAUGUAAAGUGUAAACCCGCCAAUAAAAUGAAUAGAUCAUAAAA